AUGAUAAAAUCGUUCCGUUUUGCUGCCCUUCCGGCGCGUUUCCACAGUUCUACGUCUUCUUCUUCAAAUUCUUCACUAAUUUCUGGUUCAAUAGACCAGAAAGAGGUUUUUUGAACAUUCAAGGGGAAAAAUCCGAAAAAAAAAACGGUAUGAAAAAAAGUCCAUUUUCAGGUAAAAUUUAAGGUUUUUCAGUGCUUUUUUCAUUAUUUCUUGUUGGGGGAUUCCAUUUCAAAAAAAUUAGAAAUAUAGCUUUUUCUAAUUUAGAAAGAACGAAGAUUAGAAAGUGUAGAACAGUUGUCAUUAAAAAAAGACGAAAGGGUAGUUAAUCUUGAAAAAAUGGAAACAUAGGCAAAAUCGUAAAGGGUGGAAAAAAGGCUUCAUAGAAAUGGUCCUUUUUGGGUGGCAAAUGUUCCUUUUUGCGUAAUUUCAUAAUAAAUGGAAAAAAAAAAUUGAAACCUUUUUGCUGCCUUUCUACGGCCUUUUUUGAGCAUUUUAGCGGCCAUUAUUCACCUUGUAAUGAGCUUUUUCGAACUUUUUCAGAACUCUAAGCGAAACUUUUUGAAUAUCAUAUUUUUUUCAAAUAAUUAAUAAUGAAAUUCCAGGUUGAAAAGUUCGGCGACCUUUCACACGAAUGGACGGACGAAAAAGGCGCUUUCAAAGCGUUGCAUUCUUUAAAUCGCUUAAGGGUUCCCUGGAUCCUUUCCAAUGUCAAGAGCAAGAAAGAAGUGAAAAUUGAGAAGAUUUCUCAAAAAAUAAUCGUUAUUUUUAGGGGGAAACACCGAAAAUUGUCGACAUUGGCAGUGGCGGCGGAGUUUUGUCGAUUCCCUUGGCCAGGGCCGGCCUGAAAGUCGUCGGAAUCGACGCCACCAAAGAAGCUGUUCGUUCCGAAUCGAUUUUAUGCCCUUUUGAAGACAAAUUCAGGUGGAAUCGGCGAAAAGAACAUUGAAUUCAAGGCCAUUGCAAGUUUCAAAAGUCGCCGAAAAUGUCAAGUUUGAGUGGACCUCGGUCGAAGAGUUCUCCGAAAGGGAGGAGAAUAAAGAACGUUCGUUUUUUACAGGUUUUGGGAAGAUUUUGCACUAGAUUUUUCGUCAAAUUAGAAGGGAAAAAGGCGUUUUGAGGAAAUAUUUGUAGGAUUAAUGGAAGAAUAAAUUAGUUCUAAUAAUUUUUUAGAUUUUCUUUCCGAAAAUAUUGAAAAAAGGGGAUGAUAUAUGACUCCAGGGUCGACUGAAAAUUGAAAAAAAGACGAUUAAAAAAAAUUUUUUUUUGGAAAAGUUCAAAAAAUGGGGCGAUUUGGGUCAUAUGGACAACUGAAAGUCGAAAAAAGACGAAUUUUAAAAUGUUUUCUUGGAAACAUUAAAAGUUAGAAGGAUUCGGGUCAUAUGGCCGACUUAAAAUUGAAAAAAAGACAAAUUUUUUAAAUUCUUUUCUUGGAAAGGUUGGAAAAAUGUGGUGGUUCGGGCUCUAUGGCCAACUGAAAAUCGAAAAAAAGACGAUUUUUUGAAAUUUUUCUCUUGGAAAAAUUCAAAAACUGAGUAGUUUGGAUGUCUUUGACCGACUGAAAACUGAAAUAAGAUAAUUAUUCAAAUUUAAGAAUUUUUGUAGCGUUUUUGCUGGAACCUUUCAAAAACGGAAUUUAGAAGUUGAAAAAGUUCAGAAUCAAGCUUUUAGUUGUUUUCUAAGUUGAAAAAGUUCAGAAUCAAGCUUUUAGUUGUCAAUACCGUUACACGAAAAAAUGUAUAAAUUCUUUUUCGAACAGAAUAAUUUGUUCAUCUCCAAUCUGAAAGCUUUUUAUUCGCAGUACAUUUCAAAAAAAUAGUUUGAUUAUUUUUACUUUUUUUCUAAUUCCGAACCCUUUGACUUUUCAUAAGUCUUCAAACAAUAUUUAUUUUGUUUAUUUAGUCGUAAAUGUGAAAAAAAUCAUUUUUUCUUCAUGGGAAGUGAAAACAUAAUUGGAUUGGAGAUCUACGGCGGCGAUAUCGCGCUGAAAAACUGCCCGGGGCGUUUUUUCUGCCCCCAUCUCAUUACACUUUUCUUUUUCUUAGCCCUUUUUGCUCAUUUUUUGGCUUAGGAUUUUCUGAGGAACUUCUUGUAUUGGUUUUCUGUUAAAUUUUAGAAAAUCGAGGCUUUUUGAAAAAGUUGAAGUAUGGUCAUUGAUGCUCAAAAAAACCAAGGCCUGCUCCAAAAUACAUUUGCGGUUCAAAUAAUAAAAACACUUCUAGGCUUUUCGUUAAUUUUUUCUUGAACGUCCUGAAAAUUUAUAAAAGGGUCUUGACACGAAUCAUGGUUUUGUGAGUAUUUUUUAAUGGAAAAAACGCUUUUUUAGCCUUUUAAGAGGCAUUGAACUUUAACCUUUAUAAAAACUUGAAAAAUUCCUCUAAAAAAAUAGCUCUAAAAAUGCUUUAAAAGGACCAUGUAGAAGUUUAAUAAAGGUCUUGAGGGGAAUAGCCGAUUUUAGAGCUCUUUCUAAGUGAUUCUGAAGUUAUCUGCCCUUCCAUACUUCAUUUUGAACAGACUCUAGAAUUAUUUGAUACUCACAAUUCAUUUUAAUUCCAUUUUUUUAAUCGCCUUGGAAAAAUAAAUCGUCUCUCUGAAGAAAAAUGAGGAAAUCGUCUAUAUUUGCCAGUUGGAGUCCUCGAUUUCUGUGUAUUCAGGCCUUGUCUCUUGAUUUUCCUUUUCGAAUCAUGUCCAAAUAUGAAACUCAUCUCUCCCUCUCUGCGUCUCUCGUUAUCUUGUCUCCCUCGCCGCUCUAUUUCUCUGAAAAUGACGGCGGAUAAAUCGUGGCGCUCAAUUCGCAGUUGCAAUUAUUGCCACGUAGUCGAUUUUCAUGUUUUUCUUCAUUCUCAAAAAGUGCUUUAAACGGGAAAAAAUCUGGUUUUUUUGAUGGAAGUUUUCCUUUCCCCCUGUUGUUUUGAAGGCCGUAAAGGAAUGGAUACGAUCGCUCGAUUUUUAUCUAUUAAUAGACGAUCGGGAGGCGAUUUAUGGUCUUUAAUAGGUUAGAAAAGGUGAACUUUGUUUCCUAAAUUGAUUUUUGAGUUCUUGAGAUUUUUUGGAUGGUUUUUAUUGCAUAUGAAGAUAGUUUUGAUUAAAGUUUCCGUAGUAAAAAAACAAGUUAUUUUGAAUUUUUUUAGCUUGGUCUUUGUUUUCUGUUGAAGUAAGAGUGUACAGAAAAAAAUUAUUUUCUCGAUGGUUUUUUUCAAAUUUAUGUACUUUCACGGAUACAAAUUUCAGUUUCGUUUCAAAGAAAAAUUGUCAAUUUUUUUGCCUACAUUUUUUUAACUGGUUGCUAAACAAUGAAAAAAAUGAGUAGAAUCAAUUUUUUUUCUUUUGAUAAAUCAAGCCCUUUUUCUUCCCCUAACCAGUUCUCUAACCAUUUUUCUAUUUCCUCCCGUUCCAAAUAAGGUGUUCCACGUGUCCCUUGAAAUGGAAACUAAUCAAUCAUUUCGGCGUUGAGAGAGAAGAAGAAACGGAGACAAAAAUGAAGUGAAAUAGUGGUGUGUUCGGCUGUUGGUUGACCUGAAAAAGAACGAGCCCGCCGUUUAUUUGGCCACUUUUCUAUGGUUUCGUCAUUUUUUGCGCUUUUUUCCUUUUUUCGAGUCUUUUGUAUGGUGUGAAAGUGUGCUUCUGGCUCAAUUUUCGAAUUUUUGAGCUCGAAAAGCUAGAUGCUCAGAAAAUAGUUAUAGUAUUCUUGGUCUGCAAAAGAAUUCUAUAUGAAGUACUUUGAAACAGUUUUUUUAUUUUUUUCGAGGUUAUUUCUGUGAUUUGCACUUUUUUUAUCUUUCAUGUACUGCAAACGGAGGUCAAUUUGAUAAAACGAAAAACAAAUUUCUAUUGAGAAAUUUGAAGAUUUUCCCAGAGGGACUUUUUAUUGAAAAAUAUUCUGACGAUCGAAUAAGAUUUCUGUUUCAAGCUAAAAGUUUAGAAAGGGAAAGAAAUAAAUAUAGAAAAAUUUUUGGAAAAUGAAAUUUUCUAGAUUUUAAAGCUCUAUUUUUCAGUUCAAAAUCAGGCAAAAUUGGAGAAAUAUAGUUUUUUUCAGCUAUUCCUUCAAAUUGUACAGCUUAUAUCAGCUAAAAAUGAAUGAUACAAGCAUAGAUCAGUACUUGGAAAAAUUUUGGCGUCAAAAUAAGGAUUUUUUUAUGAGAAUUUUUCUGAAGAGAACGAUUCUUACAAUUUUCAACAGAUUCCAUAAAUUUAAUGUAAUAAAAAGUAACCAAGUUUGUCUUAAAAUUUACUACUGUAUUCUCUAAAAUAAUUUGAAUACAUUUUUAAAGGAGCAUAGAAGAAAUUUAUGAAUUUUUUUGAUAUGAGGAACCUUUUUCCAGUACUUAUGCAAGACAGUCACUUUUCAAAAGAACAGCAAAAAAGAGACUUUAAAAAAGUUUUUUUGCACCUUUUCUCUAAAAAACUACAGAAAAGAUGGUUAAAAACAAUGGUCUUGAAGUGAAAUUGGUUCAAAAUUCUGUUUGGCAGAAUGAAAACGUGGCAAACUGGCUCGGAAUGGGCUAUAAUUAAUUUUUGACAAGUCUAUGAUGUAAUUUAUGUGAAAAAAAUAAGUACAUAUUAUUUAUCGAAUUAUAAAUAAAUAGAAAUAGUUCAAAUAUCAAGGUUUUGAGCCUACAAAAACCAUCUAAAGAGCUUCCGAACCCAAUUUUGGAAGGAGAAACCUUGACUUCUUCUGAAAAAAGACCCAUUCUGCAAUUUACAAAGUUUUCCUGCGUAGAUCAUUUUUUAUCGCGAUUGGUCUAGCCAGCCAGACAAAGCCCGCCGUUUGCCCUACAAAUCAGCGUUUUGUUUUCGUGAGCUGAAAAUGUUUUUUUUUCUUCGUCGUUCCCGCCAGCCUGGUGUGCGUGUGUGUGUGUGUGUGAGUGCAGUGACACGGCGGGGCCAAUCGAUUUUUUGCGUGGUUCGGAGGCCCGAGCGCGCAAAAACCCAGAGAAAACCCGCCUGAGCUGCGGCCCUUUUUCGUCAUUCUCUCGGUUUUCCGCUCAAUUUUCGUCCUCUUAAUUGCGAAUAAUCGUUUGGAAUGUAUCUUUCCGAUUUCUAUCCACAAUUUUCGGUCUUAUCUUUGUUUUUUUGUGUAGUUUAUUCACAAAUUCUUCUUCUAGAAGGCGUAGAAGUUGGAAUUUUUGAGCCAGACUUUCAAGGAUUUGUGAAAGAGUGAAACUUUCUAGAAAAAAAAAGAGAUUUUGAGAAAGAUUUUCGAGAGAAAUUGAUGGAAAAACGGGAUUUUCAUCAUAAUUUUCGAACUCAAAACGCGUUUUUUGACCCUUUUGACCACAAAAAUUGAUUCCUUCAAACUCAAAAUUCCAAAUUUGAAAGCCUAAUGUAUCGAUUUUCUCAAAAAAUACACUUUUUUCAUAGUUCGAACAUUUUGUUUACCUCCACGUGUACACGUUGUCGUUUUUUUUUUCUCUCGUUCUCUCAAAUUUUUCGAACUUUUUCUCUGCUAAAAAUGUCUACGUAAUAUUCCUUCAUUAACCUUCGAAAUUCAUCACAAAAUUGAGAUCCUCCAUUAAUUUUACUCCCAGAAAAUUGUUUCGCAACGUAUUAUUUGCAAUUUUUGGCAGUUAGUUUGAUCACCUGACCGAUUUCGAAACGAAAAAAAUGUGUUUUCUGAGUUUCCGAUCGUUAUCUUGGGAGGUCUUAGGUGUGCGUUUAUUUUAGAACAUUUUGCUUUGAGAUAGUGUAGAUUGAUUAGAUUUUUUUCAGAUUUUUUUGGGGAAAGAAAGUUGUCUAAUUUCAUUGAUUUCUUUAGAAAAUUGGAAAAACUUUUUCAAAAAAAGGCGUCAGGCUCUAUUGAAUUUCAAAGAAGCUUUUUGAUUUUUGACUUUGAAAAUAGAAAUUUUGUCUCGUUCAUAUUUUUUUCGUAUCAAUUUCAAAAAUAUCGACAAAGAAAACAGUUUUUUCCCCAUAUUUUCCUGACUUUUUAAAUUUUGGCUCCUUCAACCUUCGCAUUUUUUCAUUUGAAUUAGUAAAACAUCAGCUGAGAAAUUUUUAGUGGCCACUAUAGGUUUUUGACGUUUUUCAGUGAGCACUAUAGUAGUCAAAUUAGUGGCCACUUAAGGGGUUAAAAGUUAGUGGCCAUUAUAGAGGCCUAAGUGUUACUACUAGACCAUUAAAAACUUUAGUGUCCACUUUAGGGGUCAAUGGAUCAAAAUAACUGGUCCAAUCUGUUUUUUUUAAUUAUCAGAGUUACUGGAUAAAAAACUACUGAAGUGGCCACUUAAUAUAGAACCUCUAUAGUGGCCAAUAAAACGGAAAAUAGUGGCCACUUUAGUGUCCUCUCCAUGUAAUCCUUGGCGAGUCUCUAUAGUGGCCACUAAAAACUUUCCCAGAAAAUAUUAAAAUGAAAAAUUUUUCUGAUUUUUCAGCCAGAUAUAAUUCCUUCUAAUUUUCACUUUUCCCAAGAAUAUCGAAGCUUUUUCCAAGGAUUAUUUCCUCGGAACACAAUUGAAAUGACACUUGGAAUGGAGUGUGAGGAGCAAUUAAAAGGGGGGAAUUUUUUCGCGCCGAGAGAAUCGAUGGAAAGAAUUGUGGAACGGCCCCCCGACGCCACAUCUUCAUAUUGGGACGCCUUGCUAAUGAAGGCCUUUGGCUCUCAUUUCAUUUCGUGUCGCUCUUUUUUUCGCUUUUUUGCUUUUUAUUCUCAGUUUGAGCCUCUUUUCCUUCUCUUUUAUUGAUUUUUUGGAAGUUACUAGCUUUUGGUAAUAGUUAAAAAACGCUGAAAACUGCUGGAACUUCAAAAAAAAAAAAAUAUUAAGGAAAAAUAUCGAUUAUCCCGGUUUUCUCGAACAUAUUCGCUCUAUGGAUAAUCGAGAUAGGAUGUUUUAACUUGGAUCUUGGUAGUGCGAACCGGAUCUUUUCUAGGGACCACUUUAGUAGCGUCAGAACUCUUAAGUGAUCCCUAGAAUUAUUCAGAAACGUCCGGUUUUCGUUACCGCAGUCCAGGAAAGCCGAAAAAUCACUAUUUGCAUUCUUUUUUUCUUGAAAUAGAUUUCCGAGUUUUUUUCGUCUGAGAGUAAUAAUUCACCUUUUUUUCAGUAUUUAAUGACUUAGGAUUAAAAUGGAGAGGGGGAAGUAAUUGUUAAACAGCUCUUGCCUUCCUAAUUAUGCAUUGUAACUCCAGACAAUCGGCAUUUUAUCGACCUUUUGUACGUUUCCAUAACGAUGUUAAACCGUCUCGGCUAUAAAAACCCCUUCCUGAACUCGUUCUUCUCCAGAUUUCGAUGCCGUCGUUGCCUCGGAGAUUCUGGAGCACGUUGCCGACGUCCCGAACUUUGUCCGAAGCGUCAUCAGUUUGGCCAGACCCGGCGGAUCCAUUUUCUUUACUACUAUCAAUAAAACCUGGAUGAGCCGCUUCGCCGCCAUUUGGCUUGCUGAGGUGCUUUUUUGGGGUUGUUUUGAAAUUAUCAAAGGGUAUUUUUUUGUAGUUUUUUGGUUUAAAGUUAGCUUGUGGGUAAAUGUCAUUUUUUGGUCGGAAAAAAAAAAUUUUCAUUUUUUUAGCUUAAUGAUUUAUCAUCCCAAUAAUAAUAUUUUGUUCUUUUUCAAGCCUUUUGACUUUUUUUUUAACUAUUGAGACUUUUUUAGGGUUUUCUAACCUCGAAUUUCGUAUCAUGAAUAUCUAUGAUCAUUUCUGAGUUAGUAAAAUAAUUUUUUAGGGGAAAACUUAUAUUUUUCCCCUUUAGUUGCGCUCCUUGUAGUUUCGAGAAGCUUGAAAAAAAAAUUUCAAGAAAAAAAAAACCACUUUUUCCUGUUUCAGAACCUUUUUUUGAUUUUCAAAUUGUUGAUAUUUUCAAUCUUUGCGUGGUUAAAUCUUCAAGUUAAUUUUGAAAUUCUGAAAUUUUUUUUUAUCUCGUCAUUCAUUUUUUCUCAUCAAAAUAUCAUUUACUUCACCAAAAAGAUGCUAUUUCAAAACAUGAAAAACCAAUCAAUAUAAUCGUUUCAGGACGUGCUGAGAAUCGUCCCGAAAGGCGUGCACCAAUGGGACAAAUUCGUGGCCCCCGACCAGUUGGCGCGUCUCUGCGAAGGGGCCGGCUGUACGGUCCGGGCCAUCCACGGGUUCACCCUGAACCCGUUGAUGAACUCCUGGGAAUGGGUCCGCCCGACACAGGUCAACUACGCACUGUUGGCCGUCAAGCACGAGGCCAAGGAGGUCGAAAUCCUCGAAGGAGAGGCCCUCAAGAAGGAAUUCGAGAAGAACGCCCCCAAAUACGUCGUUCCCAUACAAAAAGUCGACAAUAAAGUCGUCCAUGUUGAUAAUUUGCCCGCCGUUUGA